AUGGUGGUAGUAGAAAGAUCUGUUAGUUUUAAGAGGGGAGAAUCGGAAAGAAUGAUGCCAAUUACAGGUUCUCCUUUGGAGAGAGAAAAGGAUGCCUCUACCAAGUCAGUUAAUAUUAACAGCAAAGAACUGGAUUAUCAGUCUCUGAACUUAGUUAAUCAUAGCAUCAAGAUGAUACGGAAAUUGGGAAUUUUUUAUCCCAUCAGCCCCAAACACCAAGCUGCUGUAAAAUUGCAGAAAGUUUACAAAAGCUACCGAACGAGGAAAAUGCUUGCAGAUUGUGCAGUUCUUGUUGAGCAGAACUGGUGGGAACUCUUAGAUUUCGCUGAACUCAAAUGGAUUUCUAUUUCGUUCUUUGAUAUCAAGAAACAUCAUGCUGCCAUUUCUCGAUGGUCACGAGCGAAAAGGAGAGCAGGCAGAGUUGGAAAAGGCUUGUCAAAUGAUGACAAUGCACAAAAACUUAUUGAUAAGCACUGGCUUGAAGCGGUCGAUCCACGACAUCGAUAUGGGCAUAACCUACAUCUCUAUUAUGAGAGAUGGCUUGAUACUAAAAGCAGACAACCCUUCUUUUACUGGCAAGUUGCUUGGAUCCUUGUUGCUAGACUUUCGCUGGAUAUAGGAGAAGGCAAGGAAGUAAAUCUGGAAGCAUGCCCUAGAUCAAAGUUUCAAAAGCAGUGCAUCAAGUAUCUUGGUCCUACAGAAAGGAAAGCCUAUGAAGCUGUUAUAGAGGAGGGGAAGCUCCUCUACAAGAAGACAGGGGAGCUUAUCCACACAACAGCAGAUGCUCAGUCCAUCUUCGUCCUUGACACAUCCAAGACCUUGUACGUUGGCAAGAAGAAGAAAGGCACAUUCCAGCAUUCUAGCUUCUUGGCAGGAGGAGUCACAACUGCUGCUGGCAGAUUAAUUGUUGAAUCUGGCAUUCUUAAGGCAAUUUGGCCUCACAGCGGUCAUUAUUGGCCUACAGAAGAAAAGUUUCAGGACUUCCUUUCUUUCCUCAGAGAAAACAAUGUGGAUCUCACAGAUGUAGAGACUUCUUUUGUGGAACAAAACCGCGAUGCCAUAGUUAAAACAAACAAUAUCUUGGCUUCAUACUUCACAGUUCAAUUAGUUUGCUUUUUUUCGAUAACCAAGGAACCAAUCCAGACUGAGAAGUUUGCAGAAGACUAA